CGUUUCAGGGUUCAGUACAGUUCAGUAUUAUUCAGCGUUAUCGAAGUGCUUGCUAAGCUUGGCUACGCUACGUAUUUUGUUCAGACAAAGUGACUGCACAAACUGCGCAGUGAGAGAUAGGCUCUUUCCCGCGAUCUGUGAGCUUAUUACGCGAAAAUUAACACCAUGUGCUCCACCGACAAUAACAGCAGCAUGAAUAACGGCAUGCAGCGCGACGACGUAGGCGACGCGUUUGGAUCGUUCGGCAGGAGCAGCACAGUUUCUCCUCUCAGUGUAGCACAAUUGGCACCUACUCAGCGUUAUGCCACAUACUAUAAUAUGAAUCAUUCCAAGCGUGGUGUAGCUCUCAUCUUCAAUCAUGAAUUUUUCACUGUCCCACAUCUUAAACCUCGCUGCGGUACAAAUGUCGAUUGUGAAAAUUUAACCCUCAACUUGAAAAAUCUUGGUUUUGAAGUGAACGACUUUCACAAUUUAACUCACAAAGAUGUAGUAAAACAAUUGGAAAGAGCUGCGGAAAUGGAUCAUUCUGAACAUGAUUGCUUGGUGAUAGCUGUGUUAAGUCACGGUGAACUUGGAUUGCUCUACGCUCAUGAUACUGCGUAUAAAGCGGAUUCUCUAUGGCAUUACUUCACUGCCGAUAAAUGCCAGAGUCUUGCUGGCAAACCUAAGCUAUUUUUUAUACAAGCUUGCCAGGGUGAUAAACUGGAUCCAGGUAUUAAUCUCAAAGAGCGUACUGAAACGGAUGGGCUUGUCUCAACAUUCCGCAUCCCUACUCAAGCGGACUUUCUUAUUGCCUACUCAACCAUUCCAGGUAUUGUCAUUUGCGCUAUCUGAACAUUAACCGUCCAUUGCCCUCGUUCAGCAAACGAAUGUCAGUACUCUCGUAUUAGUGCCAUGCUGCGCUAUAGUAUGUUUGUCACUGUAUUAGAGGUGUAGUUCCGAAUGACCCCUGCUCCUGAUUGACCUAAAGUUUUACACAUAAGUUGUUUUUGAUGUGAGGAAUAAAAUCCGCGUGGUCCCAACUUCGGGAAAUAAAAAAAAAUUUUUUAUGAUAGCAUUUAUCUCUCAAUUAUUGAGUUGGAGAUCUGUGUUUUUGCAUCAGUUCAUGAAUUUAGUUGGCUACAUAUUACAUAAGAUGACUCAUAAGUUAUUUUUAAAGUUUAGCCACAAUUUCGAUUUUUUUAAAAUAAUGUCAAAUGUUUCAUUGUGUACAGGGGUGUGUAUACAAUAUAUAUGAUCAGAUCGUACAUUAUACAUGGCACAAGAUCUGAUCAUAUAAGUUCAUAUAUGGUCAGACAUACAUAUUAUUAUGUGUAGCAGAUAUGACACUAUACAUAAUCGUAUCUGGCCUCACAUGGUCGUAUAUAAAGAAUGUUCGGCCAUGUAUUAUCAGAUAUAAUUAUAUGUGGCCAUACAUAACUAUAUCGGCACUGUAUAUGAUCAUAUAUGACAAGACACGAUGCUGUAUAUGAUUGUAUAUAUGUUUAUAUACGACCGGAAAUGAUAUGAAACAUGAUCAGAUCUGUCUAUAUAUGACCAGAUUGGGAUAUAAUGAUAUAAAAUGUCCGGUAAAAAUAUUCAUAUCUGACAGUAUAUGA